CCGCCCACCCUGAGGAGACAGGGGCCUAGCAGGGCACUUUCUCGUCCUGGGUCCCACAGCGAGUCUGCCCCCGGGGUGGUCCAGGAGCACACACUUCCUGUCUGGAGGGUCGCCGUGUCUGAGGCCUCGAGUGGGGUCAGGACAUGGGGCCUCCUCUUUGGAGAGGCUGGGUAAAGCAAAGCUGAACCAGGGCUCCGGGUGACUUUGAAGGAGCUGAGGACCCUGCGCGUCUGGUCAGCCCGGCCCGGAUGCGGAGGAAGAGGCUGGCGGUGCUGUGAGCAGGCCUGGCAGUGGAGUGGCGUGGGCCCUGCACUGCCCGUGGGGCUGCAGGCCCAGGGGGCCCCUCCCCAGCCCCGCCUGCUGGGCUCCCAGAGGCCAGAGGCCUAGGCCUGCCGGGUGUCGGCGGACGGAUGCGCCCCGGGCCGUGGGCUCUCCUGAGUGGACUGCCGGGCCGGGUGGCCGCGGGGGGACGAUGCCGGCCAAGGGGCGCUAUUUCCUCAACGAGGGCGAAGAGGGCCCUGACCAGACGGCACUCUACGAGAAGUACCGCCUCACCAGCCAGCACGGGCCACUGCUGCUCACGCUCCUGCUGGUGGCCAUUGCCGCUUGCGUCGCCCUCAUCGUCAUCACCUUCGUCUGUGGGGACCCCUCCAGACACCAGGCUGUCCUGGGGACGGCUUUCUUCACGCUUGCCGUGUUUGUGGCUCUCUACGUGCUGGUGUAUGUUGAAUGCCUCGUCCGGCGGUGGCUCAGGGCCAUGGCGCUGCUUGUCUGGGUCUGCCUCAUGAUGCUGGGCUACAUGCUGGUGUUCGACUCCUGGAUGAAGGCCACCCAUAUGGGGGCGCAGGUGCCCUUCUUCCUGUUCAUCGUCUUCGUGGCAUACACGCUGCUGCCCUUCAGCAUGCAGGGGGCUGUCGUGGCCGGGGUGGUCUCCAGCCUCUCCCACCUCCUGGUGCUGGGAGUUCUGAUGAAGGCCUUCACGAUGCCCAGUGUCCAGGUGGGACUGCAGCUGCUGGCCAACGCUGUCAUCUUCCUGUGCGGGAACCUCACGGGCGCCUUCCACAAGCACCAGAUGCAGGACGCCUCUCGAGACCUCUUCAUCUACACCGUAAAGUGCAUCCAGAUCCGUCGUAAGCUGCGCAUCGAGAAGCGUCAGCAGGAGAGCUUGCUGCUGUCAGUGCUGCCGGCCCACAUCUCCAUGGGCAUGAAGCUCGCCAUCAUCGAGCGGCUCAAGGAGCGCGGGGACCGCCGCUACGUGCCCGACAACAACUUCCACAGCCUCUACGUCAAGCGGCACCAGAACGUCAGCAUCCUCUAUGCCGACAUCGUGGGCUUCACGCGGCUGGCCAGCGACUGCUCCCCGAAAGAGCUGGUGGUGGUGCUGAAUGAGCUCUUCGGCAAGUUUGACCAGAUUGCCAAGGCCAAUGAGUGUAUGCGGAUCAAGAUCCUGGGGGACUGCUACUACUGCGUGUCGGGUCUGCCCGUAUCCCUGCCCACCCAUGCCCGGAACUGCGUGAAGAUGGGCCUGGACAUGUGUGAGGCCAUUAAGCAGGUGCGAGAGGCCACGGGUGUGGACAUCAGCAUGCGUGUGGGCAUACACUCAGGGAACGUGCUGUGUGGGGUCAUUGGGCUGCGCAAGUGGCAGUACGACGUGUGGUCCCACGAUGUGUCCCUGGCCAACAGGAUGGAGGCGGCUGGAGUCCCUGGCCGGGUGCACAUCACGGAGGCGACGCUGAACCACCUGGACAAGGCGUAUGAGGUGGAGGAUGGGCACGGGCAGCAGCGGGACCCCUACCUGAAAGAAAUGAACAUUCGUACCUACCUGGUCAUCGACCCCCGGAGCCAGCAACCGCCCCCGCCCAGCCAGCACCUCCCCAAGCCCAAGGGGGAUGCGGCCCUGAAGAUGCGGGCGUCUGUGCGCAUGACCCGCUACCUUGAGUCCUGGGGGGCCGCGCGGCCCUUUGCGCACCUCAACCAUCGUGAGAGCGUGAGCAGCGGCGAGACCCCUGUGCCCAGCGGGCGGAGGCCCAAGACCAUUCCCCUGCGGCGCCACCGCACCCCUGACAGGAACACGUCCCCCAAGGGGCGGUCGGAGGACGACUCAUACGAUGAGGAGAUGCUGUCAGCCAUCGAGGGGCUGAGCUCCACGAGGCCCUGCUGCUCCAAGUCUGAUGACUUUUACACCUUUGGGUCUAUCUUCCUGGAGAAGGACUUCGAGCGAGAGUACCGCCUGGCGCCCAUCCCGCGGGCCCGCCACUACUUCGCCUGCGCCGGCCUCGUCUUCGUCUGCAUCCUGCUGGUCCAGGUCCUGCUUGUGCCCAGGAUGGCGGCUCUGGGUGUGUCCUUCGGGCUGGUGGCCUGUGUGCUGGGGCUGGUGCUGGGCCUGUGCUUUGCCCGUGAGUUCUCGAGGUGCUGGCCGGCCCGGGGAACGUUGCAGGCCAUGUCUGAGAGGGUGGAGACCCAGCCCCUGCUGCGCUUGUUCCUGGCCGUCCUGACUAUUGGCAGCCUGCUCAGCAUCGCCAUCGUCAACCUGCCGCUGAUGCCUCUCUGGGCCCUGGGGCUGCCUGCGGGCAACCAGACGAUCCCGAGCCCGAGGGCUGUGAGCAGCAGGGAGCUGACGCUGUGCGAGCUCUUCCCGUAUUACACCUGUAGCUGCAUCCUGGCCUUUGUUGCUUGCUCGGUCUUCCUGCGGAUGAGCCUGGAGCUGAAGGUCGUGCUGUUGACCGUGGCCUUGGUGGCUUACCUGGUGCUCUUCAAUAUCUCCCCGUGCUGGCAGUCGGGCUGCUGUGGCCACACUGUGGCCAACCUCACCGAGACCAACGGCACCCUCAGCUCCUCAUUCUGCGUGUGGAAGGACCCGAAGGCCAUGAUCAAUUUCUACCUGGUUCUGUUUUACGUCACCCUGCUCAUGCUCUCCAGACAGAUUGACUACUACUGCCGCCUGGACUGUUUGUGGAAGACGAAGUUCAAGAAGGAACACGAGGAGUUUGAAACCAUGGAGAAUGUGAACCGCCUUCUUCUGGAGAAUGUCUUGCCAGCCCACGUGGCCGCUCACUUCAUUGGCGACAAGUUAAAUGAGGACUGGUACCAUCAGUCCUACGACUGCGUGUGUGUCCUGUUCGCGUCCGUGCCGGACUUCAAAGUCUUCUAUACGGAGUGCGACGUCAACAAGGAGGGGCUGGAGUGUCUGCGGCUACUGAACGAGAUCAUCGCCGACUUCGACGAGCUGCUCCUGAAGCCCAAGUUCAGCAGCGUGGAGAAGAUCAAGACCAUCGGCAGCACGUACAUGGCAGCUGCAGGGCUCAGCAGCCCCUCAGGGACUGAGAACCAGGACCUGGAGCGGCAGCACGCACACAUUGGCAUCAUGGUGGAGUUCAGCAUCGCCCUGAUGAGCAAGCUGGACGGCAUCAACCGGCACUCGUUCAACUCCUUCCGCCUCCGAGUUGGCAUAAACCACGGGCCCGUGAUUGCUGGAGUGAUUGGGGCACGAAAACCUCAGUACGACAUCUGGGGAAACACGGUUAACGUCGCCAGCAGGAUGGAGAGCACUGGAGAACUUGGCAAGAUCCAGGUUACUGAGGAGACAUGCACCGUCCUCCAGGGACUAGGUUAUUCUUGCGAAUGCCGGGGACUGAUCAACGUCAAAGGCAAAGGCGAGCUGAGGACUUACUUUGUCUGUACAGACACUGCCAAGUUCCAGGGGCUGGGACUGAACUGAGGGCUUCUGGUAGGUGCAUAACAUGCUGGAAGCGGAUUUCCUUCCGUGAGACAAGCCAAGGGGAGCACUCGGCCCCACACCAGUCACAAAGGCAUUCCACGGGUCUGGCCAUCACUACCCCAGCAGAUGGCUGUGUGUGGCUUCCUCGGACUUGUGCUAGAGGAUUUCUGGAAAUGUGCAUCAGACCCCAGCCUGAGGUGACCACGGAGCCGUGCCACGCACAGGCAGCCGGAACCUCCGUGCCGCCCGAGUCUUUGCCAUAGCCUCUAGACAGCGUGGAGAGGCUCGCUCGUGAGGUUCAGAUGCUCGGUCCCCUAGGUGCUGUGGUGAUGUCAGCAUGAACCGCCCAUACCCUGCCUGGCCUGCGAGCUGCACAGUGGGACCUGUCUUUUCUAGGUACGACACUGGGACGAGUCCUCCAGGAUGGGCUGGGUGCUCCUUUCUCCCCAGCGGAUCAGCCAUGGGAGUCUACAUUUCUCACACAGGCGUUCCGGUGACUACAGCUGGAAGGCUGUUUUCCAUCUGUGGUUUCUAGGGAGGAAGAACCCCCGUGGACAGUUGUCACCUCUCGUCAUCACUAGCGUGUGUCUGUUUUAAAUGGGUCUACUACUAGUGGAGGUUUUACCCUUUACUGAUAUCUUAGAUGCCAGACAAAAUCUCUUCCUCCAGCGUACUGUCUUUUUAACCACGGACACGGGAGGAGAACCUACCGUCCAGUGUCUGUUUCUGGAUCGGCCCAGCUGGGGGUGGUGAGGCCCGGAGGAAUGUGGCAAGAAGGCAAGCGGCGGCGGAGCCCAGGAAAUAAGGCACCACCUCCUAGCCCUCUGCGACCGCUCCCGCGUGUGCGCGGCACUGCCCUGCGGUCUUCCGCUAAAUCUCAGCUUCUGCAGUGGAAAGGAGCGGAGUCCGUGCAGACGGGACGCAGACAACCUGUAGUGCUUCCUUCCUUUUCUUUAUUCCUCACACCUAACUUGAAGAGCUGCCAAAUGAAAAGCAUCCACUCCACGGAAGCGUGCAGAGGGUCCCAGACGUGGGCAAUGCUGAGCCGUGGGAAUCAUGGCAAGUGCGAAAAGCCAGGUCUGCAAGAUGCGUCUCCCAGCGCUUCAAUUCUCAGAGUCGGAAGUCAGCUUGAACUGUGUUUCCAGGUGAGAAGGAACCCAUUCCUUUUUCUGGCUCAGCUUUGCUGCCUCCUCACCAGAGCGCGCCCGGGGUUUCUCACACAGCUGCAUUUCACUACAGAGCAGGGAUUCCCAGCUCGGGGGACCUCCGGGAACCCCCUGCCAUUACAGGCAAUCUUGCAUAUGGGAGACUUCAAAAGCGGACACGGGGUUGCAGCCAAGGGCAGGGAGGACUGGAGCUGAACCCGCUGUCUGCUCGGCCGGGUCUGCAGGCUUAUCUGCCUGAGAAGGGGCUUAUCUAGUUUGCACAGAGGAGCGGAUGCGCGAGCGCGGCUCCGAGCUUGUGCGCCACUGGGAGAGAGGAAUGAAUUACAAGAACUUGCUGUACAAAGGAGUUUUACGGCACAACUGCUGUUAAGGGGAAUAACCUCACUUAAAAACGGCUUUUAUGCACCAACUUUUCAUAUAGAGGGCUGGUUUCCGGCGGGUACUACACUGCAACCCGUACACUUAAAUCGGCAGCGACCAGGACUGCUGGGCAGGGCUCUCCUGGGAGGUCGGGAAGGUUCUGUCACGGAUACGAUGGCAGACACACCUAGGUGCGCUGGGUCUCUCUGAGGUGCGCCUACUUCUACUCUUGCAAUAUUCAAAUUACUUUUUUCCUCCAGCAACAGAAAUCCUAAUCUGGAGUUUAAAAAGUAGGUAUCAGUCCUAUCUUUUUAUUUCCAAUUCACGCACAGUCCUCCGAUAAGCACAAUUUUGGAAGUUCUGAGUUUCUGAUGUGCUGACCAAUGUGUGGAACGGACCCUAAAAGGCACCUGCGGUCACUUUUGCUCAGCGUGUCUUCUAGGGGCCGGGCCCCUUCCUCACAGGCGUUGUUCUGUUUUAUGACAGGACAAGUAUCUUUUCUAACACUGACCUUUCCCUAGGGGUCAUGGGCCGGCAUGAAGGUGCCUCCCCGACUCUAGUGAAAGUCACACCUGAAGUUUUCUGGUUUUCUCAUUCAGAAAAUUUCCUAACAGAAAAAAAGAUCAUUAACCACGGUAUACAUGGUGUAUAUAUAAUAGGUCAUGUCCACGAACAGGUUUUGACAAGGUGCAUACCAGUAACUAGGAAGUAUUCUGCAUACUGAAUAUUUAUAGAUCUGUAACAUUUGUUUCAAAAUGUUAUACUUCAUUUUUAUAAAGCACCAGUGUUUCUACUUUGUUUAGCCUUUCAUACAUUAAAUCAGCAAUUUGGAAAAUCUAAA